AUGGCCUCCCACGACGAUACCUACCAUCCGCGAGACACGCUCGCGAACACGUCGAAAACGGCCCUCCAGCUCUCCGUUGCCGGCGCCAUCUUUGCGGGCGUGCAGAACACCCUUCGGAAGCAGAAUGUCGGUGCUAUGGGCAUCAUUACCCGCUCGGGCGGCAUAAUUGCAGUCUUCACGGGUGUGGGAGUCCUGUACCAAUUCACAAAGGACGCAACCGCGAACCUUCGACAGAAGGACGACACCUAUGGUGAGGCCCUUGCGGGUUUCAUGGGCGGCACUGCGGUUGGGGGAAGUAUUCCGAUGGUCCUCGGCGCGGGCGCUACGUUCGGCGUUGCCACUGCUGCCUUCAGAUAUACCAACGGCCUGAACGGCUAUGCGAUCAAGGAAGAUGACGAAGACGAGGUCGCCCGGAAAGAGGAAAUGCGCAAGAUGCGCCGGAGACCGCUCCAGGAGACGCUUGAGCAGCUUGGUGAGGGCCGAGGAAUCUACGGCCCCGGUUAUGAGGAGCGGAGGCGGGAGCGGUUACUUGCCAAGUAUGGCAUCGACGUUAAGGCGGCGCAAGAGCAAUUCCGAGAGAAGAACGCGGACACCACGGCCAGCCUAUAG